UAUAACAAUUUCCUCCACGUAACACUUGAGUUUUCCGUUUUUUUUCGCUUUUGCAAAUAAAUUUUUGUUGUUAAACAUUAAUAAUAUUUCAUUUGUGAUGAACAUCAAUUAAUUUAAGUCUAAUGUUGUUUUAUUGCAAGGAGCAGGGGCAGCUAAUACUCAUGGAUUUCUAUAUGUUUAAAUAAUUUUAUGUAAUCGUAAGGGUGUUUUCAUUUUCGAACAAGUAUUUAUACUCGACCACAAAUUAGUAAGGAGGUCUUAAAGAGUUUGUUGAAAAUUGUGUGUAUAUUGUGUCUAUGGUUAUGAGAUAUGUUGGCCAAACAUUGUGGUGUACUCCAGGAGGAGCUGCGUACUAUCUUAUCGUGGAAUAUACAUAUCUGCAAUAACUUGAUCUUGAUCGAAUAAUGAAAGGUUAUAGCUGUCAAGUUAGCACUGAAAUUAAAUGACUUUACAAUCAAUUAAAUAUUCACCCGGUAAAUUGGAAAUACUCGAUCAGUUAUUACUUCCGGUCCAGUCGAAAUAUCUACCAGUCAAAGGUGUUGAAGAUGGUUGGAAGGUUAUUAAUAAAAUGCAGGUACGUGGAGCUCCUGCUAUUGCGAUAGUUGGUUGUCUCUCAUUGGCAGUUGAAAUCUUCCCAGAAAAUUUUGAUUCUAAAAAAUCUUUGCGUCAAGAAAUUGAAGGCAAACUUAACUAUUUGGUAUCGGCAAGACCAACUGCAGUAAAUAUGAAAAUAGCAGCAGAUGAACUAAUUGCUCUGGCAAAUGAACUAACAAAAGAUGAAAGUAUUUCCGUCGAAGAAAUGAAACUAAAAUUCCUAGAUGCUACAGAAGCUAUGCUACAAAAAGAUAUAUCUGAUAAUAAAGCCAUUGGUACGAAUGGUGCAAAAGCUAUAUUGGAAAAUGCCAAUAAAGAUGGUCCCGUACGUGUAUUAACUCACUGUAAUACUGGUUCACUGGCAACAGCUGGUUAUGGCACUGCAUUGGGAGUGGUUAGAAAAUUACACGAAUUAAAGAAACUAGAACAUGUAUAUUGUACGGAAACUAGACCCUAUAAUCAAGGAGCUCGUUUGACAGCCUAUGAAUUAGUACACGAUAAACUGCCAGCUACACUGGUAUUAGAUAGUAUGGUGGCCGCUUUACUACGUGCUAAAAAUGUAGCCGCUGUGGUAGUGGGGGCCGAUAGAGUAGCAGCUAAUGGUGAUACAGCCAAUAAAAUUGGCACUUAUCAAAUUGCCGUUGUGGCCAGACAUCAUGGUGUACCAUUUUUUGUGGCUGCACCUUUAACUUCUAUUGAUUUGCAAAUACCUAGUGGUGAUCAUAUUAUAAUUGAGGAGAGACCCGAUCGUGAGAUGACUCAUGUGGGUGAGCAUAGAAUAGCUGCACCUGGUAUUAACUGUUGGAAUCCUGCCUUUGAUGUUACGCCCGCUUCACUAAUUACUGGCAUAAUUACAGAACGUGGCGUUUUUAGUCCACAAAAACUUAAGGAUGAAAUAAGCGCUUUAUUAGAACUCUAAAGAAUUUUUUCACUUAUAGUUAGUAAGACUUAAAAAACUUUCCUUCCCCCUUUUUCUUCUAAAAAAAAUCUUUUCUCAACAUUUAACUAUAUAUAUAUUAAACCUAAAGUAGAACUUAAACAGCACCAUUUUUUUUAUAUAUAUAUAUAUAAAAAAAUUCUUUACACUUAGUUGUGAUAUUGUUAACAUGAAAAACUUACUAUAUUAUAUAUACAAAUAUGUAUUUUUUUGAUACAAUUAUUGUUCAAAAAAUAUUAUUACAUUAUUAAAACAUACUGCAGACUAUGGCUAGAAUUUAAAUACAACAUAGAUUUCGAAAAAAGA